AUGGAGAAUGGUUAUCAAAGACUCAAUGCAUCUGCUCUUCGCGCUUUGGCAAAGGCCUUUGAAGCCGACCCUGCGGGGGACCUGGAGGAUGCGCUCCGUGACCUGUCCAUGUCCUAUCCACGACUGCGCGACCGAGUCGACAAACGACGUGUAAAACUUGCAGCCGGGAAUAAGAACAAGCAAGUAGAUUGUAGCGUCUAUGUGCAGCCCCCGAUUUCUCAACCUCGUUUAUCCUUCCCGCCGGACCUAUUGUCAUCCCUGUCUUCAGGCAUCACUACGACACACAUCAUUUCAUCUCUUGCUCCUCAAGUUCUUGCUACUCUUGGAAUCAGUCACCACGAUUACGGUGGUUCAGAGAUCGCACAAGUGUUGUUUCGUGUCUUCUCCAACAAGGAACCGUUGGCCCUGAGUGGGCAACGCGCCAUUGUGGCACUCAGCGAAGAAGUUGUGGUCAAACUAGUUCGCAACAGCAGCAGCGAUGAGCUGACGCUUCUGCACUUCCUGCAAGAGCAUGUCCCUACGGUGGCUGCCCCGCGCCCAAUGGGAUUUAUGCUGGUCGGGACUAUAUCAUGUAUGUUUAUGUCCCGAUUUCAUGGGGAGACUUUGAAGGAUCGUUGGCCCAUGAUGCCUACCAGAGAAAAGUAUGCUGUCCGACUCCUGCUCAACAGAAUGCUGUCAGAUCUCCGAAAGGUUCACUUGCCCUCCGGGUCGCCGAUGGGAUCCUUAUCAAGCAAACAAGUCUGCAAGGACUGCCGGAGGGAUUUGCGCAUCAGUUCCGACCCAAUACACACUGAGGAGGAGUUCAAUGACUUCCUCACUCAUUCCCGAACUUCUCGCGCCUCUCUGGGCUACCGAAAAUGGGUACAGUCCAUGAUGCGACGUGACCAUCGCAUCUUGCUCACUCAUGGUGAUCUACAUCCCGGCAAUGUCAUCAUCAGCAUCAAUGGCGCGGAAUUGACUUUGGGGAUCAUAGACUGGGAGAUGGGCGGGUUCUACCCUGAAUAUUGGGAGGUAUUGAAGGCGAUGAACACCCGAAGCAUUGACGAUGCAAGUGACUGGUGGGAGUGGUUGCCAGAGUGCAUCAUGGGCUACGAUAACGAAAUUCUUGUCGACCGUCUCGUUGAAAGUACCCUGUUGUAA